CAACGUCGCUUUGAUCUGAUCUGCAAACUUCGAUGGAUGGACGCGGGUCUCGGUCACGAGCGACGCGUUGUGCUCUGGCCGACCCCCACACCUAAUACAGGAGGUUGAUCCGCAGUCCUUGCAGCGGUUGAUCGGACGGCUCGUGAUGUCCGUUCGGCCCUCGCACAUGCACAACCGCGCACUCUCGUGUGCGAGCUUCAGCAGCUCGGGUAGCGAGCAGUCUGAGCUCGCAGCAGACAGAUCCAGCGAACGCGAGACCAGUUUGUCCUCGCCAAUGACGUCAGCAAUCCCUUCAGGUGCAUACCGGACACGAGCGCAGCGAGAAUGCACGCGCCGACGACAGUAGUCGACAUGGCAUUCCCUGCCAAAUCGGCCAGCUGAUCCUCCGUCUCACGCGUCAGAAGUAAUUUGUCCACAGGCAAGCCUUGCAU